UUUACCUAACGACAACAUUUUUGCAUAACUAGUUAACUAGAAAGUAAAAUAAUGAAUGCUUGUUUGGCAUGAAAUUCACCUCGCAUUCCAGCGCAUAGUUUGCGAAGGCGAAGGCUUCAUUGCCAAUUGUUCAGCGCGCACUCGAUUCAGUACGAACUUGGCACGAGCCGUGAGCGGUGGUGACAACACUUUUUUUGGCGCCGCGUCCAAAAAAUUCUGGUUGUCGCUGCAUAACGGCAACCACAACUACACCAGCGAAACUAAAAUACAAAAACAGUAAAAAUCGAACGAAACGACAUCGGCAACGAUAGGAAAAUACGAUAACGACGACGACGUUCAUGCCGGCGCGCAGCGAGGCGUAAAACGUGCGAUAACAACAAAAACGAAGUACGUAAGCGAUACAGUAGGUCAACAGCAACAUGCCCAUACAUUGGGACUAUGACUGGGAUUGGCCGCACGAUCACUUCUGGCACUGGCCAUCCACGCGCCUCUGGCCUUUCGAUAGCUUCAGCUAUCAUGCAAGGUGUCCAACAUCGCGUCGCUGGAAGUCGACCUUCACACAUCACAACUACGAUGUGGAUGUGUGUGCGCGCGACUGGCAUAUGCAUCACUGGUCGGACGAUGGACCUUGGUGUCAUCGCUCGUGCUUGGCUAGUCGUGUGGCCAUCGAGACGGGCGAUGAGCCGGACAGCAAUGGCAAGGGCACCUUUAAGGUUGUCAUCGAUGUGCACCAUUUCCGCGAUGACGAGCUCGUCUUGAAGGUGCGCAACAAUGACACCGUUAUUUUGGCGGGCAAGCAAAAGGACGACCGCGGUGAGAAGAGUAAAUUCUGCAUUACACGUGAAUUUACGCGCAAAUAUAAAUUACCAAGGAAUUACGAUGCCACUUUGGCAAAAGCUACGCGUUCCACCGAUGGCGUGCUGACAAUUAUUGUACCACCACCGCCACCACUGGACGACGUGGAGCGUUUGGUGGAUAUUGAACCGACCGGCGCUUACUUCGGCACCACUGCCACAACUGCGGAGAAAGACGCCAAGGCUAUUGAGAAUGGUGCAGCGGAGAAUGUGGAAAAUGCGGAGCUGACUGAAGAAAGCGAGGCUGCUGGUGAUAAAUCAAAGAAAGCGCGUUUCGACUCCACAGAUGAGUCGAAAUGAAACGUGACGCAUGCUGCGGCAGCUCGCACUUGCGCGAAAUGGCGUGGCAACUUCAAGCAGCGCUUCAAGGCCUUUUGGUCGAGAAAACAGAAAAAUUCGCAGCAAUGUUGCAAAGGAAUGUAUUAGUGAUGAGCGGCCGCGGUGGUGUAGUGUCGAGUAAUUUUGUGAAACUUAUGUAUUUCAACUGAACAAUUUUAAGAAAAAUGUGCUUGCGUCCAACGCAGCCAAAACAUUUAACCCAAACUAUGCACAGUGUUCUUUAAAUCACUUUUGAAAAAU